AUGACGUCUCCGAAGCCAGUGCCACCCCCAAGGAAAAUGUUGACCCCAAAGUCAAUGACAUGCCCAAAGCCAAUGUCACCCCCAAGAAAAAUAUCACCCCCAAAGCCAAUGCCGGCUCAAAAGCCAAUGUCGCCCCCAAAGCCAAU